AAGCUUCUCGCAUCAUCACACCGGCACAUUACUCAACACCCACUACCUCAAGAGCCCAAUCAGUACUCGCUCCUGCCAGCUUCAGCUACCCCAGCUGCGUCGAACAUUCAGACAUAUAAAGAGUUGGGGAAUCCGCACUUGAUCGCUCAACCCUUCCAUCCAACAUCUGCUCCAACAUUCUCACUAUCGAUAUGCACACCACUGGACACUACCCAUUCCACACACCCGCACCCGCAAUGACUUCGGCAACCCACUACAACACCCGCCCGGUCCCCAGGGCAACGAAUUCGUCGCCCACAGAAUUCAGAGGCAGCACGAACCCGGAUGAGGAUUGGACCAAGAUCUCGGAUCUUGCUGAGCGCCGAAGGAUUCAGAACCGCAUUGCUCAGCGCAACUACCGUAUGUUUUCCGCAGUCACUGCUGCCACCGCAGUUCAAUAUAGGGAAUAGAGAGAAACUAAAAGCUCCCAACAGGCAAGAAGCUGAAGCGCCGCCUUGAGGACCUCGAGCGCCGCGCCGCGUCUCGCUCCAUCUCCCCCAACGGCGAGGACACGGAUGGGAGAUCCACCCGGGAAUCAUCAGCAGAGCAGCCCAUCGUCUCUCCCCCACCCCCGCCACCGCAGGUCCUCUCUGAGGCCCCAUUAUCGAGGGAGAACUACCUUCCCCCACUGAACAACCCAGCAUACACCAGCACCGCCAGCUACCCAUCACAGUAUCGCAGUGCGGCCAGCAGCAACUCCAGCCCAUUCUCAUCAUCAUCACCCACCCCCUACUACCCAUCAGCCGGCGCACCCAUCAACGAUGCAGCAUCAUUAUCGCACUACGAGCCUCCGAGCUCGCACUACAUGUAUGCCUACUCGCAACCAACACUGUCUUCAGUAGUGGAGGCGACCUGCGGAUCCGGAAUCGGUUCAUCGGGGCCAGAACACACCUAUCUUCCUCUCCCCUCGACGAGAAUCUCGUCCAACAACUAUCAUCACUCGUACAGCGAUUACAUCACUCCUAAGACUGCUUCGGUUUUCGACGAGAACUCGAUGAAUCCCUUUUACCUCAGCUACGCCGGUUUAGCUGGUAAGUCCCUAUUCCCCAGUGUCUCGGGAGAGAAAGAAAAAACAAAAAAACAGGCGCUAACAAACCCACUCCAGAGUCUCCAGAUCCUUCAUUCUUCACUUCGCAAUACUACCACGAUGACCAUUCAUCACCGUCGUCCACGACUUCGGCACACUCCCCGCCGUUAGCCAUCAAAUCCGAAUGAAGAAUUACUCACUUCCUUCCCCAACCAACCUUGUACUUCAGUGUAAUUAUAAUGAAUUAGAUCUUGUGAGCUGGG